AUGGCAUCCCAAGGUGUUCGGCGUAUCACGCCUUUAGGAAAUGGCUUUAGUCUUUCAAACGGGACUACGGGGGAGAAUUCGCGAUUCCAAAUCAAAGGUGUCGCCUAUAUCUGGGACACGAACACCGCUGGUUAUACUGAUCUCCUGGCCGAUGAGGAACAAUGUGCAAUCGAUGCCGCUUUAAUGAAGGAGCUAGGGGCAAAUGUAAUUAGUGUGUAUGCGAUCGAUGCGACCAAGAACCACGACAAGUGCAUGCAGAUCUUUUACGACCAUGGCAUCUAUGUUAUCGCUAAUUUGGAGGGUACCUGGGCCAUGGGCAACAAUACCUGGGAUAUGUACUACUUUACACAAUACUCGGCUGUCCUUGAUGCACUCGCAGGGUACGAGAACACCCUGGGGCUGAUUGUGAGCAACCAGAACAUUGCUGCUGAUAGUCAGAUUGUCAAUGCACCAUCAUUGAAGGCUGCAGUGAGAGACAUGAAGGCAUACGCAAACGCCAGAGGAUAUCUAAACCUACCCAUCGGGUACUACACGACGAUGCUCACCUCAACGAAUUGGCUCAAGCUGGGAGAGUACCUUGCAUGCGGAAAUAGCAGCGAUGCCAUCGAUUUCCUCGGACUGGAUCUGUAUACUUGGUGCGGAAGCUCGUCCAUCGAAAGCUCCGGUUACGACGAUUACGUUAAGCAGUCAACAGCUCUGGGAAUACCGACCUUCCUUUCAGAAGAUGGCUGCAGCUCAACAACACCGCGAAGCUUCGGUGACCAGUCCGCCGUCUUUGGGUCGGUAGAGUCCACUUACUGGAGCGGUGCCAUCAUAUAUGGAUGGCGAGAAGAAGUAUUGAGCCCUGGACGAGGACUGGUGUCAUACCCGAACGUGACUGGGUCUUCGUCGGCGGCGGUCACCCCGACGCUGCUGGCCGACUAUACCAACCUUCAAGAACAGUGGGCUUCCGUUACCACAAGCUCACGUACAGUUCGUGUCACAACUGCACCUGCCUGUCCUACCUCCAGCACUAGUCUCUGGACUUUGGAUCCCUCGGCUUCCUUGCCCACGAUAUCAGGGCUUGACUUUGCGACCGUGAAGGAGGCUAGCCUCACGCGCCUUUUGACGAGUACCAGCGCGAGUACUAGCACCAAUAGUGCAAGUUCGGAGAGCUCAAGUGGAAACUCGAAUGGAGACUCGAGUGGUUUUGACUCAAAGACCCGGAUUGGUGUGGGAGUUGGUGUCGGCGUCGGCGUUGGGCUGCUGUUGAUGGCUGCAGCGUUGUUCUUCUGGUGGCGACGAGAAAAAGCAAAGAACAAUCCAUCCAACCCAGAGCAGCUACAAAAGGGGCAGAAGCACUUCCGGGAACUGGAGGGCGAAGGGACCACUCCCCAACCACAUGAGAUCAGUGGGAACUCCAGCGCCGCAGCAAAUCCAAAGGAGAUAUUAUCUACGGAGAUUCUCGAGGUCAGCACGGCAAAGAGCCACGCUCGAGGAGACUUGAGCGCAGCAGAAUUGGACACGAUCAGUGCCACUGAAGACCGAAAGGAUGGUCCUUCGCCUGUACUAAGCCCUGCUCCCAUAAUUGUCUCAUCGCCAGUCUUCCAAACAGAGACUGUAACGUCGACUUCAGUAAACUUGAGUACAAAUGAGCUAGCUGAGGAGGCAGACAUCGCAGUGCAGGAGCUUGGGCUUAUCAACUUGCGCAAACGGGCUUUGGCCGCUCAAGCAGAAGCCCUUGAUAAGUGA